GAAAAUACUUGUAAGGUUAGGAAAGAAACGAACAACCCCACAACAAAUUAAGGAGUUGGGGUCCAUGCAUGCAAAUGAUGAAUCCACCGUUUCUCAGAACCAAGCAUCGUAUCUCUCCCUAUCUCUUCAUCCUCUUAGUUUUCAUUCUCUUUGUUUCCUUCAUCUAUGGCCACAACUUCAUCUUCAUCUUCCGCCAACACCAUCAUCAUGACACACACGCACUCUUCUCCACCACACCCGGUGAGUUGACUCAGCCCACCGACAAGCAACAGAAGGUGGCGGCGUUCGCGGUGGGGAAAACGGCGGAAGAAGGAGGCUGCGACUUGUUCAGCGGAAGGUGGGUUCGCGACGAGUUGACUCGGCCACUGUACGAGGAAUCGGAGUGUCCGUACAUACAACCACAGUUGACUUGUCAAGAACACGGUCGGCCUGAUAAGGAGUACCGGCGGUGGCGCUGGCAGCCUCACGGUUGCGAUCUUCCCACAUUCAAUGCAAGUUUGAUGCUGGAAAUGCUUCGUGGGAAGAGGAUGAUGUUUAUUGGAGACUCCCUCAACCGGGGUCAGUAUGUCUCUUUGAUAUGCCUUCUCCAUCAAUUCAUUCCUGAAGAUGCCAAAUCUAUGGAAACCUUUGAUUCACUCACUGUCUUCACAGCCAAAGAAUACAAUGCCACAAUUGAGUUCUAUUGGGCACCUUUUCUUCUAGAAUCAAACUCCGAUAACGCUGUCAUCCAUAGGGUAACUGAUAGGAUUGUGAGGAAGGGUUCAAUCAAUAAGCAUGGCCGUUAUUGGAGAGGUGCUGACAUUGUGGUAUUCAACACCUAUCUUUGGUGGAUAACUGGCUCCAAGAUGAAGAUUUUGCUUGGAUCUUUUAAUGAUGAAGUAAAAGAGAUUGUUGAGCUGUCAACAGAGGAUGCCUAUCGUAUGGCUAUGAAAAGUUUGGUUAGAUGGGUGAGUAUGAACAUGGACCCCAACAAAACAAGAGUCUUCUUCACCAGCAUGUCACCUUCUCAUGGAAAAAGCAUAGAGUGGGGAGGUGAACCAGGAGGGAACUGCUACAAUGAAACAACUCCAAUCAAUGAUCCAACAUACUGGAGUUCUGAUUCUCAAAAAAGCAUAAUGCAAGUAAUUGGAGAGGUGUUCAGAAAAUCCAGAGUGCCCAUAACAUUUCUUAACAUCACUCAGCUCUCCAGCUACCGCAAAGAUGCACACACUUCAAUCUACAAGAAGCAAUGGAGUCCAUUAACUCCAGAGCAACUAUCUAACCCUGUUAGCUACGCUGAUUGUGUGCAUUGGUGUUUACCUGGACUACAGGAUACUUGGAAUGAACUUCUGUUUGCCAAGUUACUUUAUCCUUGAAAGUGUAUAAAAAUUGAAGAGAUCAUUGUUCUCUUGGGUCCAUAUGGGGCAUGAAAAUUUGUAAAAGGGAGAGUACAGCAUGCGCGGAUUAUUAACCUUUGUUUUCUUAGAAAGUGAUGUCUAAGAUGGUAAGAGGGAAGAAUGAAAGAAAGGAAAGAAGAUUUAUCUACAAUAAUAGUUAACAUUAGAGGGGGAGGAGAAUGUAUAUGAGGAAAUUGAAUUGAUUUUUUUUUUUUUUUUUUUUCUGUAAUUGGAUUGCCAAAUUCAACUUUUUGCUAGUUGUGUCCGCCACUAUGGUGCUAAGUGCUAACACAUAUUCUUUUGAAUUGA